UCCUCGAACCCGACCUUCAUCAUCAACGGCUACUCUUCCUACUGGCAAAGAUGACUAAGCUUCUUCUCCUUGUUCUUCUCGUGGUUGUCUUCUGCAAUGCAAGUGCAAGGCAGCUUGUGAACAAGGGAGCCUUGGAGGAAGAGAAGUGGUGGCACCAUGGAGUCGGCGGUGGGCUCGGUGGCGGUGGCGGUGGCGGUUUUGGAGGUGGGGCCGGAGGAGGCCUAGGUGGUGGCGCUGGAGCUGGCGGCGGGGCUGGCUUCGGAGGUGGGGCUGGGGCUGGUGGUGGUGGUGGGCUCGGAGGUGGCGGCGGUGGAGGGUUUGGAGGCGGUGGUGGUGGUGGCGUUGGAGGAGGUGCUGGCGGAGGGUUCGGAGGUGGAGCUGGUGCUGGAGGUGGCGCUGGGCUAGGCGGUGGAGCUGGAGGCGGUGGUGGGGGAGGGUUUGGAGGUGGUGGAGGCGGUGGGCUCGGUGGUGGUGCAGGUGGUGGAUUUGGAGGAGGAGCUGGUGGUGGGUUCCCAUGAGAUCUUGCUUGUUCCACCAUUCCUAGCAGUGUGGCUCUAGGAUUUGCGUUACUAUCUAUUUCUGUGUACCCUUUUUUCUUUUUUCUUUUUUUUAUCAUUCUGUGUGUCCUUUUCUUUGUAUCGCUAUCUCAUGUCUGUCCCAACGAACAAAUAAACGGAUUCACGUUCCGGGCAUUUUUCAUGCACACGCCAUGCAUAAUAUAGUCGAGGGUGUAUGAAUAAUUUA